GAAAUACUAAGCAUGAGAUUGAUCAGUGAGACUAAAGCAACCUAAUGGAGUUCUUUAUCCAGAAUUUCUGCUCUUUAUGAGCUACCCAAAUUCCAUCCAUGUGGACUUAAAUUCUGGUGGAAGUUUUCCUCAGGUUCUUGUCUUUGUGCUACUAAAAUUAUCGCUCACUAAAGAUGCAUCCAGACCUGUCUCCUCAUCUGCACACUGAGGAAUGUAACCUAAUUAUCAGUCUGCUCAAGAAGUGUCAUAAGGAGCACAACAUUUUGAAAUUUUUUGGCCACUGCAAUGAUAUCGAUCGUGAGAUGCGGAAGUGCUUAAAGAAAGAGUAUGAAGAGAACAGGGCCAGGAACCAGGCGAAGCGACGGAGUAUAAUUAAUGCUCGGAAAAACCUGGAGAAGUGAGUGGUUCUGUAGCUGGACAGCUGCACCUCAACAGGGAUGCUCAGUUGGAAAUUGACAGAAUACUUCCUUCCCAUCACCAAUGUUCAGCCUGCAGUUUGUGAAAAAAUAAGCACACCUGAUACAUAGUCAUUCCCAGCAAGGCAAACAAUGUGGAAAAAAUAAAUAUAAUAAAAGAU